GGGCAGGGAGAGGCCAGGGGAGCAGCUGCUGUUCUUAGCGGAUGGAUCCCGGGGAGUUCAAAGUUAAACCUUGAUUGCCUGGGUCUUUGAGAAUUCAGCAUGGCAUGUCUCCACUGUUUCCUGGGGUUUCUGCUUCUGGCUGCAAGAUUGCCGCUUGAUGCUGCCAGACGAUUUCAUGACGUGCUGAGCAAUGAAAGAACUUCUGAUUAUACGAGGGAGCACAGCCAACUAACUGGUUGGUCAUCAGAUGAGAAUGAAUGGAAUGAAAAACUCUACCCAGUAUGGAAGAAGGAAGACCCAAGGUGGAAAAACUCCUGGAAAGGAGGCCACGUGCAGGCGAUUCUGACCAGUGACUCACCAGCACUUGUGGGCUCAACGAUCACGUUUGUGGUAGACCUGGUGUUCCCCAGAUGCCAGAAGGAAGAUGUCAGUGGCAACAUAGUUUAUGAGAUGAACUGCAGAAAUGAUACUGAUCCAUCUCCUGACCUGUACGUUUACAACUGGACCGAGGAAGGCGGUUGGGGAAAUGACCACAGCCAACACCAUCACCAUGUGUUCCCUGAUGGGAAGCCUUUCCCUCACCACCCUGGAUGGAGGAGAUGCAGUUUUGUCUACGUCUUUCACACACUUGGUCAGUAUUUGCAGAAGUUAGGACGGGGUUCAGCAAGAGUUUCUAUAAACACAGCCAAUGUGACACUUGGCCCCCAACUCAUGGAAGUAAUUGUUUAUAGAAGACACCACCACGUAUAUGUCCCCAUCGCAAAAGUGAAAGACGUGUACGUGGUAACAGAUCAGGUUCCUGUAUUUGUGACUAUGUACCAGAAGAAUGAUCGAAAUUUAUCUGAUGAAACCUUCCUCAGGGACCUCCCCAUUAUGUUCAGUGUCCUGAUUCACGACCCUAGUCACUUCCUCAAUGAGUCGGCCAUCAACUACAAGUGGAACUUCGGGGAUAAUACUGGUCUGUUUGUUUCCAACAACCCAACUUUGAAUCACACAUAUGUGCUCAAUGGAACCUUCAGCCUUAACCUCACUGUGCAAGCUGCAGUGCCUGGACCUUGUCCUUCACCUUCACCCAAACCUCCAAAACCCACCUCUCCUUUAUCAUCAGCGGGUGGCCGCCCCCCGGAGCUGAGGGCGACUCCUGAGGAAACCUGCCAUAUUAACAGAUAUGGUUACUUCAAAGCCACCAUCACGAUUGUAGAUGGAGUUCUGGAGGUCAACAUCAUCCAGAUGACAGACGUUGUGACGCCCGUGCCACAGCCUGACAAGUCGCUGAUGGAUUUUGUUGUGACCUGUCAAGGGAUAAUGCCCACGGAGGUCUGUACCAUAGUUUCUGACCCUACCUGCCAGAUCACCUACAACACGGUCUGUGACCCUGUAGAUGUGGACACAGAUGGCACUUGCUUGCUGACUGUGAGAAGAGCGUUCAGUGGAUCUGGGACAUACUGUAUGAACCUGACCCUCAGUGAUAAUACAAGUCUGGCCCUCACGAGCACCCUUGUCUCUGUCUCUGCAAGAGACCCAGCUUCCCCUUCAAGAAUGGCAAAUGGUGCCCUGGUCUCCGUGGGCUGCUUAGCCAUAUUUGUCACUGUGAUCACCCUUUUGGUAUACAAAAAACACAAGGAGUACAAACUGGUAGGCAGCAGUGCUGGGAUCGUGCUCAAAGGCCAGGGCCUGAAUGCCCUCUUCAACCAUGCAAAGGCCAUAUUCUGCCUUGGGAACCAGGAAAGAGAUCCUUUGCUCAAGCAUCAACCAGGAACUGUUUAAAUCUUCAGCUUUAUUUGUGAUCAACAGCUCACUCUUCAGGGCCAUUUAUGUGAGCUGUGCCAGACUUGAUGGCUAUUAACUUCUAUUCCUAAAGAUUACUGUUAAAAUAUAUACUGUGGCUUAGGGAGGUCCAAAGGGUUUUUUAUAUAGGCUAAAUGACAUCUCAGAGAAGUGGGGAGGAAUUACACCGUGCGUGGCCUCAGCCUCGUUAUUGAACUGAUAAAAACCAGUUAGCAGAGCUUUCUUUCAUUAUGAUUUAUGAUUCACUUAUAAUGUCUUAGGUGGUCAGUGGGAUAGACACACUGUGUCCAAAGAGUAAGGGGAGAAGGUACUAUUCAUUAGAGUUUGGCCUCGGUUCACUGGAAGGGGAGGCCAGACGCUUUCUGGCUCUCCGUGUUCAGAGCUAACUGAAUGCUACUUCAGAUGAACACGUGUGAGCUCCUAGCAAAACAGUAACUGGCCAGACAUUUAGUGUGAUGUGCAUGCUUCUUAUGCUAAAAAAAAAAAAGUAUCGACUAGUCUAAUACAUGGGUGUGAAUAUUUUCAUGACCACCUACCCUGCCCAGAUGUGUAAAGGAAUGCUACUCAUUUCUUUAUUCCAUGGACCUUCAUUGACUACUUUCUGUGUGUCAGGCAUGCUAGGGACCCAGCCCUACACUCAGGGUGCUGACAGUCUUGUGUAUGUAUCUCAAUUUCUGUACACUCAGGGGCAUGUGUUUGAAAUUAUAUGUUACGAUUUUUUGAAGAAGGAGACCCCUGCUUUUCCUACUGGUUUCUCUAUUUAAAUGAUACAAGGAUUUGAUCAGUUAAGGCCUCCAUUUGUCAUUAAAACUCUCUACCAGAUGUCAGACAGGACAUGCUUUUUUUUCCUCCUUCCUGAAAAAUAAAGUAUGAAAAGAGAUAAGA